AUGUCUCGGCGUUAUCCUGUCGCUGAUGUCUACGACGACCGCGAACGCGAUCCUUAUGCUCGCCCUCGACCUGCGCGCAACUACGACGACAUCGAAGUCGACAUCAACCGCACACGCUAUGCCGACCGCCCAGAGACUGUUGUGAGUGACCGUCGAAGCACCCGUGGACCAAAGCUUCCAGACUUCCUCCAGGACGAUUAUGGACGAACAAAUGCCGGCCCACUCGUAGUUAAGAAUCGCGAAGUGGACGAAUAUGACUAUGUUGCCCGUAGAGAGGUCGACACCAUGUCGCGUAGAGGUGGCGAAAGAGUCGAAAGAGACGAACUCGUGAUUAGGGAUCGCAGAGCCGAGCCCCCACCCAGAGAACGACCACCACCUUCGAGGGAUCCUAGAGAUGUCGAGCGCGAGGAAAUCAUCUUUCGCCGUGGCGAACGUGAGCAGUCGCGACCCCCAAGGCCAAGAGACAGAGGAGAAAUUGAGGAGACGGACAUCUUGAUUCGUAGGAGAGAACAGGAACGAGAAAGAGACCCCGAACCGCCUCGAGGCCCCCCGCCCGAGAUAGUCUUUCGAAGAGGUGCUGGCGACCGUCGACCUCCCCCUCGCUCUGAAGCCGCAAGAUCAGAGGUUGCCGACGAGGAAAUCAUCUUUCGCCAUGAAGAGAGACGUUCUCCGCCUCCUCCAGCCCGAAGCGUGCGCAACAUGGAAAGAGAGGAGAUCAGCAUACGCGAGCGUGAACGCAGCCUUCCACCUUCUCGUAGACGUAGUCCUGGUCCGCUUGCGCGCGAAAGAGAAGAAUGGUUGUUCAGGCGUCGCGAGCCUUCUCCACCUCCUCCCAGAGACGAGCGUGAGGAGAUCAUCAUCCGUCGCCGCGAGCAUGAACACCCCUCGCCUCCUCCUAUGCGAGACGACAGAGAAGAAAUCAUCAUAAGAAGACGAGAGCGAUCUGUUCCUCGCGAGCCUAGCCCAGAACCUGUCAGAGAGCCAACCCCUGAGCCGCCACCACCGCCACCGCCGGAGCCUAUCGUCCGUCCACCCAUCAUUCAGGAAAUUAUUACGCAUCACAGACACAUCGACCAUGGUAUUGAGCGAGCUCCAGAACCGGUGCCCAGUCCUCCCCCUGCACCGCCGAGUCCCCCUCCUGCACCUAAAGACGAAAGUCUUGAGAUUGAAAUUCGCAGACGCAACAACCGCAAUGGAGGAUAUGACGAGAACAUUACUUUCGAGCGUGAAGUGUCUCGCCCAGCACGUCCACGUGAGCCUGAGAUGGAGCGAAAUGUUGAGCUUACUCGCUCUCGUUCGGUCUCUGCACCCCAGCGUCGCUAUGAUGAUGAAAUCGCGGCCGAGGCCGAGUAUUACAAUCGUAAAGCACUUGAGCGUGGCUACAUGGGUGAAGCAUACAAUGGUGCGACUCGAGACUGGGGACUCGUUGACAUUCCUCCUGGGACCAGACGAGUCCAGAUGGAUGGUUUGGGGGGUGCUCGUCAAGACAUUACCUGGCAACAGUACAAUGGCUCCCGAAGAAGCAAGUUCUAUACUGCUGACGAAGAGUUCAUAACUGAUUUCGGCCCCGGAGGUCCUGCACCCGAGCGCAAAGAGGAGAAACGUAAACCCACGAAAGACAUGUGGACUGAAGUCGCCAAGGAUCUGGUCAUCAAGGAAGCUAUUGAAGAGAUGGGCUAUCAAUACGAGGACUCGGAGCACUUCUUCUACGUCAUGGAAUAUCUGAAAUAUGAGGACGUGCUUCAACUCGUAGAGCUUACGGAAGAUAUUCGUCGCGAACGUCGUGACCGCAUCCGUGAGAUUGAAUGGGAACGUGAACAUCUCGAAAGACUUCCACCUCCCAAGCCACGUUCACCACCCGCAAAGCCUCGUUCCAAGUACGAUGAGCGCAUCUACGAACGAGAGGUCAUCUACGAUUCGAAGCGAUCAGGCAGGUAUCGAUGA